UUUCUGGGCAGCCAUAAUUCUUAAAAUAUUAAUAUCUCUCUUCUCUCUCUCUCUCUCUUUCUCUCUCUGCUAAGUCAUGCUCUAAAACACACUUAUUGAGAAAUUAGCUGCUCCCAUUCUUCACAAUUUCUCAAAAUUUUCUUUUCAAUUCCAUAAAGUUCUCUUACUUUUUAGUUUUUCGUCUCAAAAUUUCACUGAAAAUGGGUGUUCUUAAGCUCCUCUUCCUUUUCCUCUUAAUGCUGGUUUCUUUAACUCUCCCCACGGUGGGCGGAAAAACCACGCUUCACCGCCAUCGUCACCGCCGCCGUCGCCUUGAAGUUCACUCCCACUUGAAGAAACUGAAUAAACCUGCUGUGAAAUCCAUAAAGAGUCCAGAUGGGGAUAUUAUUGAUUGUGUUCGUAUGGCUCAUCAACCAGCUUUUGAUCAUCCUCUUCUCAAAAACCACACAAUUCAGAUGAGACCAACUUUUCAUCCAGAAGGAGGGAUUUUAAGUGACAGUAAAGUGUCAAUAAAAGGUUCAAAAUCAGAGGAUAUAACUCAAUUAUGGCACUUAAAAGGAAAAUGUCCAAAAGGGACAAUUCCCAUUAGAAGAACAAAAAAAGAAGACAUUUUAAGAGGAAAUUCAGUGAAAAGCUAUGGAAAAAAGAAGCCUUAUGCAACUGUGAAACCAAACUCCAUUGAAGUUGAUCUUAAUGGACAAAAUGGACAUCAGCAUGCAAUCAUAUAUGUUGAAGGAGGACAAUACUAUGGAGCUAAAGCAACUAUUAAUGUUUGGUCACCAAAAAUUCAACAAACAAAUGAAUUUAGCCUCUCACAGAUCUGGAUUCUUGGAGGAACUUUUGGGCAAGAUCUUAAUAGUAUUGAAGCUGGUUGGCAGGUCAGCCCUGAUUUGUAUGGAGAUAAUAACACUCGACUUUUCACUUAUUGGACCAGUGAUGCAUAUCAAGCAACUGGUUGCUAUAAUUUGCUGUGUUCUGGGUUUGUUCAAAUCAAUAAUGAAAUAGCAAUGGGUGCCAGCAUUUUUCCUAUUUCUUCCUACAAAAGUUCUCAAUAUGACAUCAGCUUGCUCAUUUGGAAGGACCCUAAAGAAGGAAACUGGUGGAUGCAAUUCGGAAAUAAGUACGUUUUAGGGUAUUGGCCGGCCUUCUUAUUUUCUUAUCUCACCGACAGCGCCUCCAUGAUCGAAUGGGGCGGCGAAGUCGUUAACUCUGAAUCCGACGGCCAACAUACUUCCACCCAGAUGGGUAGCGGCCACUUCCCCGGUGAGGGCUUCGGCAAAGCCGGCUACUUCCGUAACAUUCAGAUUGUAGGAGAAUCAAACAGCCUAAGGGCGCCGGAGGACAUAGGAAUUUUCACGGAGCAACCAAGUUGUUACGAUGUUCAGAACGGCAAGUCCGACGACUGGGGCAAUUAUUUCUUCUACGGCGGUCCGGGCAGAAAUCCUAACUGCCCCUAAUUUGGAUUCUUCUUCAAUAUAAUUAUAUAUAUAUAGUGUUAUAAAUAUAUAUAUAUAAAUGCAUUUCUUGUGCAUUAUUAUUAAUUAUAUUUUAGUGGGGGUUUUUUUUUUUUUCUUUAGAUGUUUUAACUGAUGAUUAAAGCUUUUUUUUCUUUCUUCUUCUUAAUUUGUUUGUUUUCUCUAAAGCUUAGAAACAGAGAGGCUGAUGAUUUGUUUUAUCUCUUUGGAAAAUGUGUAUAAGCUAGUGUGCUUUAUUUUCUCUUAUUUCUUCUUUCCA